AUGGGUAAGAUAUUAAUCUUUUUAUUACCACUUUUUAUUACAAUUUUUGGACAGUUAGAUGAUUUUGAUCCUGAAAAUCUUUCUGGACAAGAUUUAAUUGAUUAUGUUAAUAGUAAACAAAGUUCAUGGAGAGCAGAAUAUCAUGAAAGAAUAAAUUCUUAUGAUGCUAGAGUUAGAUAUGGAUUAAUGGGUGUUAAUCAUGUUCGUAAUUCUGUUAAAGCUAGAAAACAUGUCUCUGCAACAAAAGAUCUUGUUAUGGAUAUUCCAGAAUCAUUUGAUGCUCGUGAUGCCUGGCCAGAAUGUGAUAGUAUUAAAAAAAUAAGAGAUCAAAGUAGUUGUGGAAGUUGUUGGUCAACAUCAAUGGUUGAAGCUGCUUCUGAUAGAAUUUGUAUUCAUUCAGAGGGUCAAAUUCAAGUAACCCUUUCAAAUGUUGAUCUUCUUAGUUGUUGUAAAUCAUGUGGUUUUGGAUGUAAUGGUGGAGAUCCAUUCUCAGCAUGGAAAUAUUUUGUUAAGACAGGUAUUGUUACUGGAUCUGGUUUUAAAGAACAUUCUGGAUGCCGUUAUUAUCCUUUCCCUAAUUGUGAACAUCAUUCUAAUAAGACAACUUAUAAACCAUGUCAACAUGAUCUUUAUCCAACACCAAAAUGUGAAAGAAAAUGUCAAUCAGGUUAUACAGACAAAAGUUAUGAACAAGAUAAAUUUUAUGGAAGAAUUGCUUAUUCAAUAAAGGAUGAUGAAAUUGCUAUUCAAAAAGAAUUAAUGGCAAAUGGUCCUAUACAAGUUGCUUUUGAAGUUUACGAUGAUUUCUUAAAUUAUAAAGAAGGUGUGUAUCAUCAUGUUGGUGGCAAACUUGGUGGUGGACAUGCUGUUAAAAUGAUUGGAUGGGGUGUUGAUAAUGGUGAAAAAUAUUGGCUUAUUGCCAACUCAUGGAAUGAAGAUUGGGGUGAGAAUGGUUUCUUUAGAAUAAGAAGAGGUACUGAUGAAUGUGGUAUUGAAUCAGGUGCCGUUGCAGGAAUCCCAAAACUUAAACAAAUUCGUGGACGUUACUAUAAUCACGUGGCCAUUGAUGAUAACAGUGAUGAAUUCUUUUUUUAA